CGAUCGCUUGCCUUACGAAUAGCGCGCGAACUAUUAUAAUUUGAAAAUCGAAUUCGUUUAAAAGUUUUAACAAACGGUUUUUUCUGUGUUUGUUUUCUGAAUUUAUCUGUGUUUUGUUUUUGGAUUGUGUUUACAAUUAUACGAAGACAGUUAUAUUAAAGAAUCAGACGUCCAUCGUUCGCCGACGCCCCAAUCAAAAUGACAAAGUAAUUCUAAAUUCAAACGUGCCGGAAACAUGGGGAGCGGGCAGAGCAGCGCCACCAGCCGGAAAUGGUCGGGAAAAAGGGAACCUCCGCCGCAAGCGGAAUCUUCGAGAAUCUUAUUCCUGCUUUAUUUGAUUCAUAGAACUUGGAACAUUGUCGUCGAACACGUUGAUUCUAAAAGUUCAAGAUGGCGCGGCUCACAUACGGUGCCGAGUUCGGGCGAAGGUCUUGGUCACAGGUUCGACUCCGUCAGCAUCGAGGAGUCGGACCCUGGAUCCUGUUACUCCACAUGUAGCUGUAGUUAUUGCCGGCUGCGAGAAUGUGCACAGGAUUGCGUAAGUGAACUGACGCUGCUGGAAGGCAUGGCCAACUGCGGGGGAUGGAGCGAGGAACCAGUAUCAAAGGAGAAACAGCGUCCACCGAUCUACAAUCCAGAAGAUUAUGCCACAUCUCUCAAGAAAUGGGGGAAGAAAAUUGGUACCGGGAGUCUAUACGACCUGGACCCAGGCCAAGACCCGAAUAAAUCUAGAACGUUGCCUACUCAGAAUAGUAAAGACUUCAGGAACCCUUCGUUAGGUGUUGGAGAAGAGAUGAGCCUGCGUCAAUUCGGAUCUCCCAGUGAAUUAUUGACUAAACUGCGAGCUGAUCUUAGGCUUUCCUUUCCCAGUUUUGUACAAGAGUUCGCAUGUGAUCCGCUAGACGGAGUCUCCUUGCUGUUAGAACUGCUACGCAACGUGCAACUCAGCCAGACUGGCGAAGGCGCCAGAGGACCUCCAGCUGUGAGGCGAAGACCACUGUUAGAUGAACUCGCUUGCCUGCAAUGUCUUUGGAGCUGUUGCACGAGAUAUGCAGACUGCGUGCGGCGACUGGUGGCCGGCUCUAACGGAGUAUACGCACUCACCGUCUGCAUAAUGUCAACCGUUAACAAGACAAGAGUACUAGCUUUGCAGCUCCUCACCAAGGGCUGCUAUCCACCAGCUAAUGGCCACAGCAUGAUAUCAGAGGCAUUAUCCACCUUGCGUCUUCGCUAUGGGGAGCCUGUCCGCUUCAGGUUCCUGGUAGGGAUGCUGCAGAGUGCUGGAGGCUGUGGGGAUCUGCAGGCGGCAGGAUUAGCAUUCAUUAAUGCGUUAUUAUCGAGUGCUCCCACACCGCAGAGGAAGCUGUACAUACAAGCUGAACUGGAACAAGCUGGAUUUGAUAUCGUGACAUUAAAGAAGAUAAUUUCUAAACUUCCAAACACAAAUGAGAAUGUUGUUAAGGAGAUUGAGAAUUACGAAAAACAAUUAAUAGAUAUAGAUACUUUAAGUGAAAAAGCAAACGAAGCUCAAAAAGAAAAGGAUGACCUCAAACAUAAAUUAGAGUUACUUGAGAAACGCGUGAAGAUUCUACAAGAAGAGAAAGGAAUCCUUUUGUCCUUGGAGAAGUGCCUGAAAGAAAAAUGUUGUGAACUACAAGAAGAAGUCACAACCUUAAGAACUGAACAUGGAAAUUCAAAUCGUAAGAAGACAUUUGUUAUUAAAAAAAAGAAUGCCGCACACAAAAAGAGAGAUGAGUCAUCACCUCCAGAAGAUGAAGGCAUCAGUUCUUCAGAAAGAUCUCUGAGUCCCGAAGCCGACCCUCAACGAGACGCCAUGGUUUACGAAAUGUUUAACGUUAAGAACGAAACUUAUUACGACGUACUCCGAAAUAAAAGACAAACUAAGAAGCCAGAUACCAAGAAACUUGAUAACAAAAAAUCCUCAGACGAAGAUGAAGAAACUACCAUAGAUGAAGUAAUUCAAGAACUUCGAAAUAUUGUUAACCACGCUGAAUCGGAACAGUAUGCAAAAUCAGAUCAAGCAAUGUUUGAAAACCAAUCUUUAAGAUGUCAAGAUAAUAUAGACAGUAACAUUUCCAUUAGUAGUGAAGUUAAAAAUCAUAGUACGCUAGAAAAGACAGAUUCGAUUACAAGCACAAGACACAGUAUUCAAAUAACAAGUAGCACGGAGUACCUCAAUGAAAAUGAAGAGGAAAAAACACGAUCUGUUCAAAGUAAAAUCUUCCCAUAUCCUAAUAAGAAACCGAACAGUUUAUCGCAUUUAUUUGUUCCACAGACAGAUCAAGGAAUCCUUUUCAAUAGACAUUCAGAUAUGUUUGAAGAUUACUUUUCCAGUGAUGAUGGAUCCGACUCAUUAUUAAGUGCAUCACAUUGUUUAAACAUCAUUGAUAAAAAGUCGUCAGUAACAAGCUUCGAUUUUAAAGAAUGUCAAGCAAUUUUUAAUACAAUGGCUGAAAGAGAAAACGAAGAGAGAAAUCGUUUAUCCAGAACACGUUCGAAGGAGAGCACAAAACCUGUGAAACGAAGUGAAUCAUUUCAAACUACAGAAAAAGGUUCUCGUCAACGUGAAUAUAUUGACAGUAUGUUCUAUAAUGAGAAUAAACCUUCAUCGGACCACGCAUCUUUACAACGAACAAAUUCGAAAUGUAGUAGAGUAGACGAAAUUGUUAAUCUUAUAGAAUCGAAGAAACUUACCAAAAGUCUUGAUAGAAUUGAUGAGGGUUUAAACACGAUGGUCGAUAUUGUAGUGAUGAAAGGACCGCUCAGCCCUUCUAAGCCUUACGAAAGACGACAGAGAACAUGUUCAGGUACAAACAGCGACAAUGAUACGCCGUUCUUUCCUCUGAUGCGAUCUAAUAGUAAAAAUAGUCUUACUUAUAAAUCCAGUCAAAAAGGAAACGAUUUAAUUUCCAAAGCUGAUCAAACAUUUGGAUUACCUUCUAAAAGCCAGGGAAGUUUUAAAAACAAUCAUUCGUCUAAUUUUAGUAACACAUUUAUUGUGAAGCGCGGACAUAGUAAUGCUGGUUUCUAUACUGGACAGAACAUGUUACGUGACGCUCCUGCAAGUAUGACAAGUCUUGUAAUGAACGGAACGCACUCUUUUGCAGACUUCAAAUGCACACUUCCAUCUGUAGGUGCAACAAGCGACUAUGGAGUUCACAAACUAACUGAUAUGCCAUCGGGUCUAUAUUAAUUUUCAACUAUUAUAUUAUUUAUAAUUUAAUCAAAACCAACGACUAAAUUAAGAUCUUCGUACUUAAAUACUUUGAAUAGUGCAAUAUUAUAUUUGUUAGUUUACUUAAAUUAAAUUCACUGUUCACUUUGGUAUCUUAGUAAUUUUGUUAAUACGCAAAAUUCGCUUAAGAUCGUAUUCUUUACACUCACCUGAACUGUGAAGUAUUUGUCUCCUGUAUUGUAACGAACUUAUUUAAAUUGUCCUGUAUAUCUAUGUAGGGCAUUACCUUAAAACUUUACUUUAAAUAAAUAUUAUUAUAAUUUAC